AUGCCAAGUCAAAUCUCAGUUCCAAUCUCCCCACCAAUGGAAUCCACUGGUGAUCGUUUAAUGACAUUAGAAACUCAUGAUGGUGUUGCACUUCAAGGUUAUUCCUUUGGUGCUGAAGUUCCAACUGCCGGUGAAGUUGUUUUCCAAACUGGUAUGGUUGGUUAUCCAGAAUCAAUCACUGAUCCAUCUUAUGAAGGUCAAAUUUUAGUUAUUACUUAUCCUUUAAUUGGUAAUUAUGGUGUUCCAGAUCGUGAAUUAUUAGAUGAUGAUUAUUUCCCAGCUUUACCUAAAUAUUUUGAAUCAAAUAGAAUUCAUAUUGCUGGUUUAGUCGUUGCUCAUUAUACUGAAGAAUAUUCUCAUUAUUUGGCUAAAUCUUCUUUAGGUCAAUGGUUGAAAAAAGAAGGUAUUCCAGCUAUUUAUGGUGUUGAUACUAGAGCUAUUACUAAAAGAUUAAGAGAAAAGGGUUCAACUUUAGGUAGAUUAGCAUUACAAAAGACUCAAUUCAAAUCUCAAGAAAUCUUAAAUGAAACUUUAAAAGGUAAUGAUUGGAAACAAUAUUUUGAAAUCCCUGAAUAUGAUGAUCCAAAUGUUAAGAAUUUAGUUGCUAAAGUUUCAACUUCAAAACCAAUCUUGUAUACUCCAAAGGAUAAUAUCAAAUUAGGUAAAGAUGGAAAACCAAUUAGAAUCGUUGCCAUUGAUGUUGGUAUGAAAUACAAUCAAAUUAGAUGUUUUGUUAGACGUGGUGUUGAAUUAUUAGUCGUUCCUUGGGAUUAUGAUUUCACUACUGAAAAAUACGAUGGGUUAUUCAUUUCUAACGGUCCUGGUGAUCCAGCUGUUAUGGAAUCUACUGUUGAACGUUUAUCCAAAAUCUUAUCUGAAGCUAAAACUCCAGUUUUCGGUAUUUGUUUAGGUCAUCAAUUAUUAGCUCGUGCAAGUGGUGCAUCUACUUUGAAAUUGAAAUUCGGUAAUCGUGGUCAUAAUAUCCCAUGUACUUCUACCAUUUCUGGUCGUUGUUAUAUCACUUCUCAAAAUCAUGGUUAUGCUGUUGAUACCACUACUUUGACUUCUGGUUGGAAAGAAUUAUUCGUUAAUGCCAAUGAUGGAUCCAAUGAAGGUGUUUAUCAUGAAUCAAAACCAUUUUUCUCCGUUCAAUUCCAUCCUGAAUCUACUCCUGGCCCAAGAGAUACUGAAUUCUUAUUUGAUGUUUUUAUUAAUUCCGUUAUUGAUUUCAAUGCUACUGGUAUCUACAAGCAAGUUUCAUUCCCAGGUGGGUUAUUAGCUGAAAACAGAGCUGCUCAUCCAAAGGUUGAAGUCAAGAAAGUUUUAGUUUUAGGUUCUGGUGGUUUAUCUAUUGGUCAAGCUGGUGAAUUUGAUUAUUCUGGUUCUCAAGCCAUUAAAGCAUUGAAAGAAGAAGGUAUUUAUACUGUUUUAAUCAAUCCAAAUAUUGCCACUAUUCAAACUUCCAAGGGGUUAGCUGAUAAGGUUUACUUUUUACCAGUUAAUCCAGAAUUCGUGAGAAAAGUUAUUCAACAUGAACGUCCAGAUGGUAUUUAUUGUACUUUUGGUGGUCAAACUGCUUUAUCUGUUGGUAUUGCCUUGAAAGAUGAAUUUGAAUCAUUAGGUGUUAAAGUCUUGGGUACUCAAAUUGAAACUGUUAUCACUACUGAAGAUCGUGAAUUAUUUGCAAAUGCCAUGGCUGAAAUUGGUGAAAAGUGUGCUAGAUCAGAAGCAGUUAAUAAUGUUAAGGAAGCUAUUGAUGCUGCUAAUGCAAUUGGAUAUCCAUUGAUUGUUAGAGCUGCUUAUGCUUUAGGUGGUUUAGGUUCUGGUUUUGCUGAUAAUGAAGAAGAAUUGGUUGAAUUAUGUAAUAAAGCAUUUGCUACUUCUCCACAAGUUUUAGUUGAAAGAUCCAUGAAGGGUUGGAAAGAAGUUGAAUAUGAAGUAGUCAGAGAUGCUUUUGAUAAUUGUAUUACUGUUUGUAAUAUGGAAAACUUUGAUCCAUUGGGUAUUCAUACUGGUGAUUCUAUUGUGGUUGCUCCAUCUCAAACUUUAUCUGAUGAAGAUUAUAACAUGUUAAGAACUACUGCUGUUAAUGUUAUUAGACAUUUAGGUGUUGUUGGUGAAUGUAAUAUCCAAUAUGCUUUAAAUCCUUUUUCAAAAGAAUAUUGUAUCAUUGAAGUCAAUGCCAGAUUAUCUCGUUCUUCAGCUUUAGCUUCCAAAGCCACUGGUUAUCCAUUAGCUUAUACUGCUGCCAAAUUAGGUCUUAAUAUCCCAUUGAAUGAAAUCAAGAAUUCAGUUACUAAAUCAACUUGUGCCUGUUUUGAACCAUCAUUAGAUUAUGUUGUUGUUAAGAUUCCAAGAUGGGAUUUAAAGAAAUUCACCAGAGUUUCAUCAUUAUUAUCAUCAUCCAUGAAAUCAGUUGGUGAAGUCAUGGCUAUUGGUCGUACUUUUGAAGAAGCUAUUCAAAAAGCAAUUAGAUCAGUUGAUUAUCAAAACUUGGGUUUUAAUAAGACUGCUGCAUUAAUGUCAAUUGAUAUUGAUCAAGAAUUACAAACUCCUUCAGAUCAACGUUUGUUUGCAAUUGCUAAUGCUUUAAGUGAUGGUUAUUCAGUUGAAAAAGUUUGGAAAUUGACUAAUAUUGAUAAAUGGUUCUUGAAUAAAUUAGAUGGAUUAAUUAAAUUUGGAAAUCAAAUUGCUUCAUUUGUUGAUUUAGAAAAAUUACCAGUUGAAAUCUUAAGACAAGCUAAACAAUUAGGUUUUGAAGAUAGACAAAUUGCUAAAUUCUUGGAUUCAAAUGAAAUGAAUGUUAGAAGAUUUAGAAAAGAAUAUGGUAUUAUUCCAUUUGUUAAACAAAUUGAUACUGUUGCUGCUGAAUUCCCAGCUUUUACCAAUUAUUUAUAUGUGACUUAUAAUGCUGAUUCUUCUGAUGUUAAAUUUGAUGAACAUGGUGUUAUUGUUUUAGGUUCUGGUGUUUAUAGAAUUGGUUCUUCAGUUGAAUUCGAUUGGUGUGCAGUUAGAGCUAUUAGAACUUUACGUGAAAAUGGUACCAAGACAAUUAUGAUCAAUUAUAAUCCAGAAACUGUUUCUACUGAUUAUGAUGAAGCUGAUAGAUUAUAUUUCGAAACUAUUAAUUUGGAAAGAGUAUUGGAUAUUUAUGAUUUAGAACAAUCUGCCGGGGUUAUUAUUUCAAUGGGUGGUCAAACUUCAAAUAAUAUUGCAUUACCAUUACAUAGACAAAGUGUUAAGAUCUUGGGUACUUCUCCAGAAAUGAUUGAUUCUGCUGAAAAUAGAUAUAAAUUCUCCAGAAUGUUAGAUAGAAUUGGUGUUGAUCAACCUGCUUGGAAAGAAUUAACUUCUGUUGAAGAAGCUGAAGAAUUUGCCGAAAAAGUUGGUUAUCCAGUCUUGGUUCGUCCUUCUUAUGUCUUAUCUGGUGCUGCUAUGAAUACUGUUUAUUCCAUAGAUGAUUUAGCUUCUUAUUUAGGUCAAGCUGUUGAUGUUUCUCCAGAUUAUCCAGUUGUUAUCACCAAAUAUAUCGAAAAUGCCAAAGAAAUUGAAAUGGAUGCUGUUGCCAAGGAUGGUAAGAUGAUCAUGCACGUUGUUUCUGAACAUGUUGAAAAUGCUGGUGUUCAUUCUGGUGAUGCUACUUUGAUUGUUCCUCCUCAAGAUUUAGAUCCUGAAACUGUUAGAAGAAUUGUCGAAGCUACUGCUAAGAUUGGUAAAGCUUUAGAUAUCACUGGUCCAUAUAAUAUUCAAUUCAUUGCUAAAGAUAAUGAUAUCAAGGUUAUUGAAUGUAAUGUUAGAGCAUCAAGAUCUUUCCCAUUUAUUUCCAAGGUUGUUGGUACUGAUUUAAUUGAAAUGGCAACCAAGGCAAUUAUGGAUAUGCCAGUUGUUCCUUAUCCAGGUGAAAAAUUACCAGAAGAUUAUUGUGCAGUUAAGGUUCCUCAAUUCUCAUUCUCAAGAUUGGCUGGUGCUGAUCCUGUUUUAGGUGUUGAAAUGGCAAGUACUGGUGAAGUUGCAACUUUUGGUAGAAACAAAUAUGAAGCUUAUUUGAAAUCAUUAAUUUCCACUGGAUUCAAAUUACCAAAGAAGAAUAUCUUAUUUUCAAUUGGUUCAUAUAAGGAAAAACAAGAAUUAUUACCAUCAAUUGCUAAAUUACAUGAAUUGGGUUAUAAAAUCUUUGCUACUGCUGGUACUGCUGAUUUCUUGAAAGAACAUGGUCUUCCAGUUCAUUAUUUGGAAGUUUUAAGUAAAGGAGAAGAUCAAAAAUCAGAAUAUUCAUUGACUCAACAUUUAGCCAACAAUUUAAUUGAUCUUUAUGUUAAUUUACCAUCUGCUAAUAGAUUUAGACGUCCAGCUUCUUAUAUGUCCAAGGGUUAUGAAUCUCGUCGUAUGGCUGUUGAUUAUGCUGUUCCAUUAGUUACCAAUGUCAAAUGUGCUAAAUUAUUAGUUGAAGCUAUUGCCAGAAAGAUUCCAUUGGAAGUUUCAAACCGUGAUGCUCAAACUUCUCAUGGUACUGCUGUUUUACCAGGUUUAAUCAACAUUGCUGCUUUUACUACUUCAUUUGAUGAUAUUGAACAAGUUUCCAAAAAGGCUCUUGCUGCUGGUUUUACUUUCAAUUCUUAUUUACCAACUGUCAAGGAUAAACAUGUUGCUGUUUCAGAUUUCUCAUCAUUAGUUAAAGCCAUUGAUGCUGCUGGUUCUAGUGCAUACACUGAUUUCUCAGUUUCUAUUGCUGGUUUACAAUCAAAUGUUACUGCUGCUGCUGAUGCUGCUGAAAAUGCCGGUGCUUUAGUUUUAUCAUCUUCCAAUUUUGUUGUUGAAAAAGUUGCAUCAAUUGCUAAUCAUUUUGCUAAUUGGCCUGAAUCUAAACCAAUUGUUACUGAUGCUAAUGCUACCGAUUUGGCUUCUGUUUUGUUGUUGGCUUCAUUACAUGAUAGAUCUAUUCAUGUUACUGGUGUUUCAUCUCAAGAAGAUUUAGAAUUGAUUAAGAUGGCUCAAGCUAAAGGAUUGAAGGUUACUUGUGAUGUUGCUGUUGUUUCAUUAUUUGUUUCUCAAGACGAAUUAGAUAUUGAUGUUUUACCAUCUAAAGAAGAUCAAGAUUACUUGUGGGAAAACUUAGAUUUCAUUGAUUGUUUCACUAUUGGUAAUUUACCUUAUUUGAUUGCUAAAGCUGCUGGUGAAGAUAUUGUUCCAGGUGUUGGUAUUAAUGAAACUCUUCCAUUAUUAUUAUCUGCUGUUGAAGAAAAGAAAUUAACCAUCCAAGAUAUCAUUGCUAAAUUCCAUGAUAAUCCAGCUAGAAUCUUCAAUAUUCCAAAACAAGAUGCCCAAGUUGAAAUUGAUUUAGAUAGAUUUGCAGCUGAUAUUAAACCUUCAUUUGCUGGUUUUGAAUCAUUGAAAUUAAGAGGUGCUAUUGAAAGAGUCUCCUUCCAUGGUGAAACUGUUGUUUUAGAUGGUAAAGUCUUAGCUCAAGAUGCUUUAGGUCAAAAUGAAAUCACUCCAAGAAAUAGAUUUGCAUCAGUCUCAAUUCCACAAUCUCCAUUAUUAAGUGGUCAAAGAAGUAGAGUUUCAUUUACUACUGCUGAUAUGCGUCGUCCAUCAUUGAAAGAAGCUACUCCACAACCUGCUCCACUUGAAUUUGAAAGAUUAGGUUCUGAAUUGGUAUCUCAACCAAUUGCUGGUAUGGGUGAAAUUACUGCUUUACGUGAUUAUAUUAGAAAGCACAACACUUUCUUAAGAACCUCCAUUUUAUCAGUUAAGGAUAUCACUAGAUCUGAUUUACAUGCAUUAUUCACUGUUGCUCAAGAAAUGAGAUUGGCUGUUGAAAGACGUGGUGGGUUAGAUAUUUUACAAGGAAGAAUCUUGGCUACUAUGUUUUAUGAACCAUCUACUAGAACUUCAACUUCAUUUGAUGCUGCUAUGCAAAGAUUAGGUGGUAGAGUUGUUUCUGUUGAUUCUGAUUCUUCUUCAGUUAAGAAAGGUGAAACAUUACAAGAUACUAUUAGAACUUUGGCUUGUUAUGCUGAUGCUAUUGUUUUAAGACAUCCAUCUGGUGAAUCUGCUGAUAUUGCUUCCAAAUAUUCCCCAGUUCCAAUUAUUAAUGCAGGUAAUGGUUCAAAAGAACAUCCAACUCAAGCUUUAUUAGAUUUAUUCACUAUUAGAGAAGAAUUAGGUACUGUUAAUGGUAUUACUGUUACAUUCAUGGGUGAUUUGAAAUAUGGUAGACCAGUUCAUUCAUUAUGUCAAUUAUUACGUCAUUAUCAUGUUAAGGUUCAAUUAGUUGCUCCAAAGGAAUUAGCUAUCCCAUCUGAAAUUAGAAAAUUCUUAAUCAAGAACAAUAUGUUGGUUGCUGAAUCUGAAGAAUUAACUAAGGAAAUUUUGGCUAAAUCUGAUGUUUUAUAUUGUACCAGAGUUCAAGAAGAAAGAUUUGAAGAUAGAGAACAAUACUUGAGAUUGAAGGAUACUUAUAUCGUUGACAAUAAGAUUUUGAAUGAUGCUAAACAACACAUGUGUGUUAUGCAUCCAUUACCAAGAACUAAUGAAAUUAGAGAAGAAGUUGAUUUUGAUCAAAGAGCUGCUUAUUUCAGACAAAUGAGACAUGGAUUAUUUGUUAGAAUGGCAUUAUUGGCUAUGGUUAUUGGUGUUGAUUAUUAG